AGCUCUGCAUCUGCCAUACUCCAAGACCUCAGACUCCACCAGAUCGCUACAUCAUCACAUUACAGACCUUUCAGCCAUGAGAUUCCAUCUGCUCCUCCACACUCUCCUCUUCCUUUUGGCCCUCUUACCUCCAGUUAGAAGUGGCUUUGGUGCUUCCGAGAGACACUGUCUCUAUCUGGAGGGCAUUUGCAGACGAGACGUUUGCAAAGUCAUAGAAGAUGAAAUCGGUGCUUGCCGAAGAAAAUGGAAAUGCUGCAGGAUGUGGUGGGUUCUCGUACCAAUCCCGACACCAGUUAUCUUUUCAGACUACCAAGAACCCCUCAAGAGCAAGAUCAAAUAAAGCCAUGGUGAACACCACGCAGAGAGGCUUGUGCCCCCAAAGCAAUAGAAUCUUCACACUGAAUGCUUCCAGCUCUUUAACCAGAUUCUAGUCAGCUUGCCAAUAAAACUAAAUAUAGGUUUCAAAUA